AUGGCGGGGAUGAUUCACAUCCAAAAACGCUGGAAUGACGAGACUGAUUCCCCAGCGCUUAAAUGCAGCAAUAAUGGAAGGCAUCGGCCGGGCACAGCUACGCAUGGAAGACGAGGGCGAACCCUCUUCGUGCAACUCUUCCCGGGAAGUGAAUUGGCUUCUUCUCCUUUUUCAGAAGGACUGAGUGAGUGGUCCUCUCUUCAAGCUGUAACCACCACUUGUCCUCCAGAUCGAUUUCCAUCUCCUCGCUCAAAAGAACCUGGCAUCCGCAGGGAUGCGGCCUUGGUUAGCAGAGGAGCAUUGCAUGCUUGCUUGCGGUACCCUUGUCCCAUCCUUUCUUCUUCUUCGUCAUACAACGAAAAACACUUCGUCCUGUGCUCAGGCUUCUUCUUCGAGAACAGGAAGAGGAGAAAAUCAAGACCACCAAAAGUCACGACCACCAAGAUAGGCAUAGUGAUUCGAUCUUUUGAUAACCCAUUUUUAUCAAACUAUCAUUUUUGGGGGCUUACGCCUUACACACGGAAGAUUGGAUUGCCUGAAUCACGAGUCUUAUAUACUGUGUUACGAUCACCUCAUAUUGAUAAAAAGUCCAGAGAACAAUUUGAAAUGGAAAUCAAGAAACAAUUUCUGGUCAUAAAAACGGAAAGGCAUGAAUUGCGCAAGAAGUUCUUUCGGUUAAAACGCCAGCGUAUAUUUGGAGCUCAAUAUGAAAUCCGUCUUUAUUGCAAGACCCGUUCGGAUAAGGGCAAACUCCAGAGAUUGCUUCGAAGUAAGAUCCUUGCGUUGACCCUUUCCUCAACCAGAACCACAUUCUAUAUUGUCUCAUUAUUCUAUUUUUUAUGAAAAAGAAAAAUUUUCUUACGCGCAGUGUCUGACUGUUCCCUGCUCUUGUGGCUUUCUCAUUCUUGUACUAGACCAACUUCUCGAUAUGCCCGAGAAAAAAGGAAGGUGGGAAAUCGACCAUUUCCCCGGGUGUCUUAGAACCCUCUCUCUCUAGGGCACCUCCGCAUUGCCAUGCUGCUGGGACGUACAAGUGCUAUUUGUUACCUUUUUUUAAUGGUUGUAUGAAUUUUUUCUUUUUGGUAUUUCAAGUCUUUCUUUUAUUUGUCUUAUCCUUACUUAUUCUUAAAAAGUAAGUGAUUAGGGAAUCAGUAUAAGUAGUUCAUUACGGACAUCCCCCUCCCCUUCAAUGUCCGGGAUUCCUGUGCAUGCUCCCGAGGCAUGAGGGGCAAUCAAUAGGUCUGGGUCGUUCCCAAACCUCUAAGGGUGCAUUAGCCCCCCAAUCCAUUUACCGACAUAGCAAGGGUCGAGUGCUUGGAAGGGAGAUCUCAGAAAAACCACGCCCGGUAAGGUCGGUUCAACUCCGCAUAGAUGUAUCGUAUCGACUCCUCUACCCGACGUCAAUCUCUCGGGAAUAGGGUACAGGUUUUUUUGGUUUCAUCCCCUAUCACGUAAGGCCCAGCUCCAGGACUGGCCCGCAAAGGGAAGGGCUUUGAAUGCCGAUUCCCACAUACACCUCGAUUUUGAUGCAGCUGGUCGGUCGUUACUACAUAUAUAUAUCCGGGGCGUGAGUAAAUAUCGGAAAAGCGGCUGGUCGUCUAACUUCACCAGUAGUUUCCCGGUUCUCGUCCCCGUCCACUAUUCGAUCGAGCAUGCAUUUCAGCCUAUUCCCCGCAGCCCUAUUGCAGGAAAGGCUCGAUGACUAAUCGCUUCAUUCUUUAGCCAAGCCCCAGCAAUUCCGGGUCGACCUAAGGUUGAUACAUGGAUGAGAUCAGGACGACCAACUAUAUCGUUUUAGAAGUAGCGCUUGACUAGCCUGACUAGGGCUCAGACCUGACGCCUAUUCUUCAACUUCGAGGUGGCGCUCCGCCCUAUCUAUGCAAAGCUAGGCAACAAGCCUAUUGUUCUUUCAUUGCCUAGCUAACCAAUUCCGCUUUUCUGUCCCAUUGACAAUCGUCCACAGGUCCAGUUGCUCAAGCAAGAAUUCCAUCCUUGACUUCCAUUGUACAUGGAACCAUGAAACCUGCCCCCAACACUGAGUGUGGUCACUGACGUCAUUGGUACGACGGAUGUAGUCGCAGAGUAGACGGCUGACUUGCCUAAAAAAGAAAAAAUGGUUUUUUUUUUCACUUAUUUUUUGUUAGGGUUUUUGCGGUUUCACCCAUGGAAUUAAAGAAAACUGCUCUGCUAUCCAGUCAGAGGCCAUCAGCCAUCCCGGCGUACUUAUUUGUUUGACGAGGAGCAAUCCGGAGGGCUAGACGAGGACUAGGCAAUCAAGCUUUUCCAAACACUAUAGUCUCCUCAGUUUGGUAUUGCAAAGAUUCCAUCCUCGGUUUGACUUCAAUUUUUAGUAAAGAAGGAAGUACGUCGAUUCUGUUUGAAACAAAGACAGCAGACAGGCGUAGGAAGAGGAAAGAGCACACUAAUGGAACCGUCAAAAAAAUUCCCUAUGCCGAAUACCACAACCCAGAGAGACGAAGGGGGUCCCCGGGGAAGCGAGAUAUCCACCUCUGUCCCCAUCGUAGGGGCAGGCCCGCAAGGAAGACAAAUAAUGAGAUCGGUUAUUCUAUAUAAAUGGAAAGGAUUCUGUAAAGGGGAUCCGUAUUUUAGCAAGGAGUGAGUCCGGUCGAUCGGUAAUGAAGUGUGCACGAUGGCUAAUCAAGGAAUCUUCAAACUGUUCAGUGGGGUGUCCUCGGUUUUGGAGAACUACAUAUAUGCUUAAUAGUGCCCCUAUC